AUGGCGGAACGCGUGAACUCGAACAUGCUAUUCGCCAACUUCAACCAGGACUUUACGUGCAUCUCCGUCGGGACUCGGAAAGGCUACAGCAUAACCAACUGCGACCCGUUUGGGCGGGUGUAUACCAAGAAUGACGGCGCGAGGGGGAUCGUGGAGAUGCUAUUCUGCACCUCGCUCAUCGCGUUGGUUGGUGCGGCCGACCACCCACACUCAAGUCCUCGGAAGCUGCAAAUUGUGAAUACGAAGCGGCAAUCCAUGAUCUGCGAACUGUUGUUCCCCUCUUCAAUACUUGCCGUUAAGCUCAAUCGCAAGACGCUCGUCAUCGUGCUCGAGGUCGAGAUCUACAUUUACGACAUCUCUAAUAUGCGGCUCAUGCAUGUUAUAGAGACGACGCCAAACCCAGACGCCAUCGUCGCGCUCUCACCUUCCUCCGAAAACUCCUAUCUUGCCUACCCCUCUCCUGUUCCGUCGCCUAAUACCCAGACUCAACCCGGCGCACAGCCCGCAGCUCCAUCCACGUCAACACAGCAAACCGGUGACGUGCUACUAUUCUCAACCCGUUCGCUCACCGUUGCGAAUGUCAUCCAGGCGCACAAGGCGCCUAUCUCCUUCCUCUCGAUCAACUCAACGGGCACGUUGCUCGCGACCGCGUCGGACAAGGGCACGGUUAUUCGCGUAUGGAGCAUUCCUGGCGCAGAGAAGUUGUACCAGUUCCGCCGUGGCACGCGGGAGGCGCGCAUACACUCGAUGAAUUUCAACCUUGUAUCGACGCUGCUCGCGCAAAAGGGAGCAACAGCCUUGAAGACGCCGUCGAGUCCAUCAGAGUCGGUGGAUAGUGGGGAUGGGACACAGGGAUUGGAGGGCGGAUACGACGCAUAUGUCGAUAACAAGAAGAACGGGAGCGUGUCCCUGCGUCGAAGAUCGCUACAUCUUACGAAGAACAUCACAUCAUCGGUAGGGGGAUACCUACCGAAUACGUUGACAGAGAUGUGGGAACCUUCACGAGACUUUGCAUUCCUGCGGCUACCAACGAGCGGCGCGCGAUGUGCAGUCGCCCUGAGUGGGACCAUGCCGCAAGUUAUGGUCAUAUCAUCAGAAGGCUAUUUCUACUUGUACAGCAUCGACCUUGAGAAUGGUGGCGAGUGCUCGCUCAUGAAGCAAUAUAGCUUACUCGAUUCGAGCGAUGAGGCCAAUGACUGA